AUCCUGUCUGACGCCAGGCGUUAUCGGUGUACGGACUGCAGAGCUCUCGAACAACAUACAAGCGAGACACACGGAGAGAAAAACACAUAUGCGACUGUUGAAUAUAUUUUAAGACUGAUAUUGUCAACAGGAUAUAUUGAACUUAGCCGAACAACAACAACAACAGCAACAACAACAAUUGCACCACGAUCAGCAUCAUCAUCAUCACCACCACCAGUUGCAGCAACAAACGAUGAUGGAAGCAUCGCAUCACGAUCUGAAAUCACUGUGUCUGCCUCUAGAGGCAGAGAUCGUAGAGUCAAUGGAUCUAGGGAUGGCACAGACGAACCUGUAUCACCAUCAUCACCACCCAACGCCGUUACCAGCAUCCAGCAAUGCAAACAACAUCAAUAAUACGAGUAUAUUAUCAGAACUAGGCAAAUCGAGUGAGACAAGCCGGGAGGAAGUGGCUAUCGAGCAAAGUUCGUCGACAAGUACUCAAACUGUGAAGAGUGUUGAGAAAAAACCCAAAGACGACGAUCGCGCAUCACAGCAAAAAAAUAGACAGAGGCGUAAACCUCGUGUUCUGUUUUCCCAAGCCCAGGUCUUUGAACUUGAACGUCGGUUUAAGCAGCAACGAUAUUUAUCAGCGCCAGAACGAGAACACUUGGCGAACAUGCUGAAACUAACUUCGACGCAAGUGAAGAUAUGGUUUCAGAAUCGCCGAUACAAAUGUAAACGACAGCGGCAGGACAAAACACUAGAAUUGGCCACACAGCCGGCACCUCGGCGCGUGGCGGUACCGGUGUUAGUACGGGACGGCAAACCUUGCCUCGGUAGCCCACCUCCUCCGUACAGCUAUAACAACAACUACAACAGUGCUUGCACUUACUCGAACUAUCCAAGUUGUAGCAACAUGAACGUGAACCCUUACACGCCGUACACCUACAGCAAUACAUCGUACACGCUUCCAAACGUCAACGUUCAACCGACUUCGUACUCAAUGCAACCUCAGCCUGUACACCAGGGCGUUCGGGCUUGGUGACAUACAACCAACCACCCGGAGACCACCUAGUAGUUUAUGCGUUGUACUGAUCCUCUACAGAUGCGAGUCUUGUGUAAAUAGUCUUAAUAUCCUACCGUGUCGGCGCUGAUGGACAGUUUCCUCGAAUUCAUUCCAAACACCAAUCAGGCAACCCUUAUAUCCCUCUCGAUAUUGUAGGCCGACCAACUUGUAGUGUGCUGAAACUGAUAGAAUGACUCGCAUUACAAUUUUCAAGACAACUUUCAAUGUAAUAUUUUAAUAGUUUUGAACAUGGUUUAAUCUAUGAUAGUAUUAUGAUACUGCUGCGUCGCAACA